GUCACCCAGGCAGAAGGACUCCAAGGCAGAGCCGGCUUUUGACUUCCCCCCAGCCUUUUCUCCUGUCAGCCAACAUGGGGCUCCUCCGUGCCUGUCUCCUGGUCCUUGCGGGCCUGAUGGGGUCUCUUGCCCAGGAAGAUCUCUCAGGGAAGGCCUUGAUUUUCCCGGCGGAAACCAACACAGCCUACGUGAUCCUGAAGCCCUCCCCUCCUCCUGCGCAGCCCCUGACCAGCCUGACGGUCUGCCUGAAGGUCUACCCGGCCGUCACGCGGGCCUACGCCCUCCUCUCUUACGCCACCAAGAACAGCGCCGACGACUUUCUCCUCUACAAAGAGAGAACCAGCGACUACAGCCUGCACGUGGGGGGCGAGCGGGUGCAGUUCGGCAUCCCCGAAGGCCUGGCGCCCCGAUCCUGCAUGGUCCACCUCUGUGUCAGCUGGGAGUCCUCCACUGGGCUGGCGUCCCUGUGGCUGGACGGGGUGCCCUUGCCCCGGAAGGUGCUCAAGCAGGGCUACUCCAUCGCGGCCGCGGCCUCCAUCAUCCUGGGGCAAGAGCAGGACUCCAUGGAGGGGGGCUUUGAGGCCCACGAGUCCCUGGUGGGGGAGGUGGAGGCCCUCUACUUGUGGGAGCGGGUGCUGAGCCCUGAAGAAGUGUGCCUGGCCAAGGACGGCCGCCCGCCCGCCCGCCCCGUGAUCGACUGGCGGGCCUUAAGUUACGAGAUCAAGGGGAAUGUCGCUCUGCAGCCAUCCCUCUUCCCUGCCUGCAGGGCUGAGUGUCCCUUCAAAGUCAUGCAAUGCUCUCUGUAAAAAAGAGAGAGAGAGAGAGAGAGGACCCUCUCGCCUUUCCGGAACGCAAACGUCCUGCACAGCCGAUCCAGCAAAGGCUGCCUGUGGCUUGCUUGUAUCGGGCGCCUUCAAUGCUCCACAAUGCCGGAGCCCUUCCAAUAAAAGAUUUUGCUGUAUAAUCGCA